UUCCAAGGAGAGGGGAAGAGAGUAUCUCAAGAUUAGAUAAGUUGUGCCAUUUGAAUUCAGCUCUGUAAAUGAAAGUUUCAUAAACUUAUCAGUAGUUUUUGGAGGAAUAAUUUAUGGCCGAAGAUAAAAGCGUGUGCAGUUUGUAAAGACUUUAAGUCGUAAUCACAGGUUCACUUUCAAAGGGAAUUUUGUUAUAGAAAAUAUUCAUGAAAUUGUGAUUUGUUUCGAAUCUUGGAUAAAGGUAGCCAUUCAGGGAUAAAAAAUACAAAAAAGGAAUAGAAAAGUUUAACAGAAUGGCAGAAGCUGAACUAGUUCAAGUUUCUGCUGAUGGGCAGAAUGGCGAAGAACAGCAGCCAAUUAAUAAGGAUGCUCAGUCGAGCGUUAGAGUGAAAAGUAAAUCUAAGCUUAAGACACUGAGUCCGGAUAGGAAAGCAAAGAAAAUGGAGGAUUAUGAGUGGCCAAAGAAGAGUUAUUUCGAGACAAGGUGUCUCCUGGAUGGAGAAACUUCAGGAAGAAUGAAAAACCUUGUCCAUCGGUUGGUCUACAUUGGAAAGUUGCGUGACAAUGUUGGGGACAGAAUGGAUGUCGGCAACCACUAUGAGCACCUGCUGAAGAACCUACAAAACAACUUCCAGCACUCUGAGCCGAUGACUGGUCUUCUCCUAGUCUACCUUAAACACAUUGUCCACGUCCUUGAGACAUCAUCAGACAUGAUCACAGAGGUGAUGAAGGACAUCAUGCAUGAACAGCGGACGGAGGAUGGGUUCCUGGAGGAUGCCAAGAUUCUCAUCAUCUCACACGACAUCCCGUCCCGUCUCUACCAGCAGUGGAACUUCCGCACCCUCGACAUUCAGGCUGCCCGUAUGGAGUCAUACGAAUCAUCGGAGGGAGCUGAUAGGAUUAUUCUGGACAUGCUCGGACAACUGCUCAAGUUGGGAAACAAGCUCGCAAUCACUCCAAAGACAGGUGAAGAUGGUACAAGCUACCUCAAGGAGGAGGAUUUGGUAUCGUUCAAAACUACACUUGACCAGCUACAUGAAAAAUUCCCAGACUUAUUGCCACAGCAAGCCCAUCUACAUUACUUGAUGGAGGAGAACGAUCAGGUGAUGAUCUCCCCUGACGAAUAUAUGUCCCAGCGUAGCAGACCCUUCGACAUCACACUUGAGAGUGAAAUGGUGUGGCCUCUUCCAACCAAACUAUUCCCGUACAAUUGAUGACAGUUUUGGACAAAUAUCAUCCUUUCUCUCAGUAAAAUAUUCACUGAAGACAUUUCCAUUCCACUUUUUCACCACCAUUUUAAUGGAUGUAACAUGUUUUCAGCUUUUGAGUGGCAUUUUGAAUUAUUUUGAAAACACACAUGAUAAAUAAUCUAAAUAUGCAAAUUUAAUAUUUUCUCAGAAAUAAUAGAGGUUCUCAUCUUAAGAUAAGCAAUGUUGUAAUGGCUUAAGUUAUGUGCCAGUUGGUAAACUCUCUAUGAAUUAAGCAAAAUGAGAAGCCAUCUUGUAGUUUGGUACACAUAAACAUUGAAGACAUGUUUUUUGCCAAAUGUCAAAGUACACAAUGAUUUUGUCCUUGAUUUGUGAUAACCAUAUAAACUUAACUUAAAUGUAACAUCUACUUUAUCCAAGCCUUUGUUUUUGAAUUUUAGCUAUAGUAGUUGAUAAUAGAAAAACAUUUGUGUAUGUGUUUAACUUAUAUUUUUAUGUCAAAGAGCUAUUCUUUGCUUAUUACAAAGUCUGUGAUAUUUUUGUAUUUUUUAGAUCAUCUGAUUUUCGAACAGAAAAAAAAACAAUCAAGGUAAUGUCAUUGCCUUGGUGCUGUUGGUGAUAGCAUCAUCGGCAUGUCAUUAGAAGUCAAUUAAAAUUGGCCUUAACUCAACAAAAAUUCAUGAUAUUCAAAUGAAACUUGGUACACAUUCUGCCAGAAAUAUAAUGUUUAGAAAGGCCGAGCUAUGACUUGGGUAUUGUUGAGAUAUACAGUCAUCAACUAAUAAAAAGAAUAAGAUGUUGGAGUUUGCUUAGAGCACUUAUAUUUUUAUAUGUUUUCAAAUGAACUUUUUAAGUACUUAAGAAUAUCAUUUGUUCGACCUCAGACAUUGUGUUUAGAAAAAAAAAUAAAGUGAAUCAUAAAUGUAUUAGUCGAUUAUGUUUUUGCAUUUUCUUUCUGGUAAAUGAGCUGUGUUAUGUUCGUGAUUUAACUGUUAUGUUUAUAUUUUAUUCAUUUGUACUUAAAAUAUUUUGAAUAAUAAAUUUAUACAUUGCAAUGUG